CUGCAGCCACUGCCGCAGGGCAGCGGAAGUUUGAGCGCGACGGCGGGCGCAAGGCGCGGCCCCUCGGCUCUGCGCGGCACCGGACAGUGGCUGUCGUGCACCCGCUCCGGGACCCGCCGCCACCAUGGACCUGGAGAGCAGAGUGAAAAAGAUGGGUCUGGGCCAUGAGCAAGGAUUUGGUGCCCCCUGCUUAAAAUGCAAGGAUAAGUGUGAAGGAUUUGAGCUCCAUUUCUGGAGAAAAAUAUGCCGCAACUGCAAAUGUGGCCAGGAAGAGCAUGAUGUCCUCACAAGCAACGAGGAGGAUCGGAAAGUGGGGAAACUCUUUGAAGAUACGAAAUACACAACCCUUAUUGCAAAGCUGAAGAAUGAUGGCAUUCCCAUGUAUAAACGCAAUGUAAUGAUACUGACUAAUCCAGUGCCAGCCAAGAAGAACAUAUCCAUCAAUACUGUGACUUAUGAGUGGGCUCCUCCUGUCCAGAAUCAGACACUUGCUAGACAGUAUAUGCAGAUGCUGCCAAAGGAGAAGCAGCCUGUUGCUGGCUCGGAAGGAGCACAGUACAGGAAGAAACAGUUGGCUAAGCAGCUGCCUGCUCAUGAUCAAGAUCCUUCGAAAUGCCACGAGCUCUCCCCCAGUGAAGUUAAGCAGAUGGAACAAUUUGUGAAGAAGUACAAAAACGAGGCACUUGGUGUGGGAGAUGUCAAGCUCCCUGGUGAGGUGGAAACAAGAGCUAUUGAUAAGAAUAACUUGAACAAUGGUGACAGAGGCACCUCGGCUGCUGUAGGAGCAAUGGAGAACAAGUCACCAGAUCAGAAGGCAUCUCAGUAUUCCUGCUAUCGCUGCAAACUGAACAUGAAAGAAGGUGACCCGGCUGUCUACGCAGAACGUGCUGGAUAUGACAAAUUGUGGCACCCAGCUUGUUUUGUCUGCUCCACCUGCAGUGAACUUCUGGUAGACAUGAUCUAUUUCUGGAAGAAUGGUAACUUGUACUGUGGAAGGCAUUAUUGUGAUAGCGAAAAACCCCGCUGUGCUGGAUGCGAUGAGCUCAUAUUCAGCAAUGAAUAUACUCAAGCAGAAGGUCAAAACUGGCAUCUGAAACACUUCUGCUGUUUUGACUGUGACUGUGUCUUGGCUGGGGAAAUCUACGUGAUGGUGAAUGACAAGCCAGUCUGCAAACCCUGCUAUGUGAAGAACCAUGCUGCGAUCUGCCAAGGUUGUCAUAAUGCUAUAGAUCCGGAAGUUCAGCGUGUGACAUACAACAACUUCAACUGGCACGCUACGCAGGAAUGCUUCCUGUGUUCCUGUUGCAGCAAGUGCCUCAUUGGCCAGAAGUUCAUGCCGGUGGAAGGGAUGGUUUUUUGCUCAGUGGAAUGUAAGAAAAAGAUGAUAUCUUAAGAUGUGCACAGAACAAGCAUUGCUGCAUUCCAAAGGCUCUUGCAUUUCUACUGUAAAAUAUAUGGUAUUGGGGCAUUCAAAGUUAUUGAAAGUAUUAAAUAGCAUUUUCCCAAAGAUUUUUUUUUUUUUCCAAUGACUAAAACUUGUUAUGUAAUCUUCCCUUCAUAGCCAUAAUGAUACUUUCUGGUUUGGACAAUUGUUCCUGAAUCUUGUGAUUACUUAAUAUCCCAGAAAUAUAAGAAACAAAUGUGUUUUAAACUGUAUACACUUUAAGGGAGCUUUUCACCAUAAAUGAUCUUACUGUCAUAUGGAAAUGUGAAAAUGCUCCAAUUUUUCUUGUUUUGUAUGAUAAAUGCAACUUUUCUACAUUUGGGUUUCACUAAUUUAUCAUUUUUAUAGUUUCCCUGCUUUCUUCAAGCACUUUAAGACAAAAGUAUCAGCUUUACUGACACAUAGUUUUGUUCACUAAACCUGAAGUGUGCAGGGAGAAUGAAGCUUAAAAAUUACCUGGAAUCAUUGCUGCUUGUUGACACGUGGAUCUCAUGCCUACUCUCACAUCUAGUUUGUAAAGUAACUGCACCACUAGAAAACUGGCUCAUACUUCUCUCUUGCAACUGCUCAUGCAUGGAAAAGUUUUUAUUCUCUGAAUGUUAGUUACUUUACAGAUAUUUGGGGAAGUGUAGGGCAAGGAGGAAACAUAAGAGUAGAUCUUGCCUAGAUUUAAAAGAAUAAAAUAAUCCACUGAUAUUAGUGAGUGUCUUAUCCUUCCAGAUCUGGCUUCUGUUUUUUCAUGAAUGUUAUUUCAUAAAUGGUGCCUUCUGAGCAAUGUGGCACAUGAUACUGUAUGCAUUUCCAAGAAUGUAAUUCUGCAAAAGGAUCACACUUUGGCUUUUGAUUUGUAAGUUCUUAACCAAAGCACAAGGAACUCUGUCCUUGAAGACAUCCAGUAUGUGGAUGAAGAAAAUCAGUUGUGUAUUAGCUUUUCUUACUAGGUAAACCAAAUGUGUGGUACUCUUCAUUUUCUGAAGUUUCAUUGUAGAUCUGUAAUUCUUGAUAGCUAUUUUUGUGCCAAACAGUAAAUGGAGUCCUUGGCAUAAAAAUAAAUGAAGUCUAUGCAAGUCUUAUGUUUGGCUCUUAAGUUUUGUGGUGGCUAUAUUGUAACACAAAUAAAAAUUAGUGUUGUUCA